CCACCACCACCACCACCGCCAUCACCACCACCGUCGCAAUGGCCAUCGACGCCAUGGACCUCGACCCCCCGCCGGCAAGCAGUCCGGCCAGCUCGCCCACCAAAGAGCGCAAGCGCAAACACAAGGAUAGCUCGUCCCCUACGAAGAAGAAGCGCAAGCACGAAUCGAGCCAACCCCAACCCAGCGUGACCAACAGCCCGGAAUCCCCCUACAAGCUCACCACCGCGACUCUCUACCUCCCUCUCUCCCCCAUCUCGAUCUCGCCCACCCACGCCCUCGCCUCCCUCCAGGCCGAGCACCUCUCCCCCCUCCUCCUCACCUACUACCCGCCCCUCAAGGGCAUCAUCCUCGCCUACUCCAACACCAGCAUCUCGAGCACCCCGCCCUCCGCCACUCCCGCCACCUCCGUCGCGGACACGCCCGAACCACUGACCCUGGCGCGCUCGGCCGGCGAGUACGGCGUGCUGUACGUGUACCUGACAACGACAUUCCUGGUAUUCCGGCCGCAGCGCGGCCAGGUCCUCGAGGGAUGGGUGAACGUGCAGUCGGAGGGUUUCCUCGGCGCGAUCUCGAUGAACCUGUUCUCCGUGGGAAUUGAGCGGAAACGACUGCCCCCGAACUGGAAGUGGAUCCCCCCGGGCGAGGAACGCGAGGAGCAGGCCGACGGCGACCAGGAACAAGAACCGGCCUCGACGACAGACAGCGACUCGGAGGAGAAGAGCGAGAACGGCAAGAAUACGAAGCCGUUCGACGCCGAGAAGGAACUCUUUAAUCCCGUGGCUCUCGCCACGGAUACGGAUCUCGAUCAGGUCGAGGAGGCCGAGGAGGCCACGGCGGAGGGCUACUUCCAGUCUGUGUCUGGGCAUCGCGUGCGCGGUACGAUUCGGUUCCGUGUGGUCGACGUGGAUAUCAUUCCUGGGUCGGAGCGGGAUCGUGGGUUUAUGAGCAUUGAGGGGACGAUGCUGGAGCCCGAGGAGGAGAGGCGCGUGUUGGAGGAUGAGAGGAAUGGCGUGUUUUAUUCUUCAUUGUCGAGGGCGGGCACGCCCCGAGGGGAAUCGAUGACUCCGGUUCCGGUUCCCACGUCCAGCACGGUUACGGCGUCGGGCGCGUUGACUCCGGCUGUUGUGGAGGUGGAGGUGGAGGCUGAGGCCAAGUCGAGUAAGAAGAAGUCGACCAAGGAGAAGAAGGCCAAGAAGACCAAGAAGACCAAAACGAAGGAGUGAAUUGCUGGGUUGUGGAGUUGAGUUGAGUUAGCCUGUUCAUAUGUUCCGUGUUACUAUAUAUUCUGUGUUCGGUAUCUUGUGGCCAUCAUCUUUGUCCAUGCCAGGCGUUUGAUGGGGAAUCAAAAUAUUCUCUUAGGGUUUCAUACUGUUACUAGCUUCAUUGUUGUUGGACUGAGG